UUCCUCGUGACCUUUCACCCCAGCAUGGCUGCGCCCCUGGGACCGGUGAAGUUCUGGCGACCGGGUACAGAGGGGCCAGGUGUCAGCAUCUCUGAAGAGAGACAAAGUAUCACUGAAAACUCUGGGACCACCGUUGUUUACAACCCUUAUGCUGCCCUUUCAAUAGAGCAACAGAGGCAGAAGCUGCCAGUGUUCAAGCUUAGGAAUCAUAUUUUAUACUUGAUAGAAAACUAUCAGACAGUGGUGAUUGUUGGAGAGACGGGAUGUGGGAAAAGCACGCAGAUUCCUCAAUACCUUGCAGAAGCUGGCUGGACUGCCGAAGGAAGAGUGGUGGGAGUGACCCAGCCUCGGAGAGUGGCUGCUGUUACAGUUGCAGGGAGAGUGGCUGAGGAAAGGGGUGCAGUGCUGGGCCACGAGGUGGGCUACUGCAUUCGCUUCGAUGACUGCACCGACCUGCUGGCUACAAGAAUUAAGUUUCUUACUGAUGGAAUGCUGGUCAGGGAAAUGAUGGUUGAUCCAUUGUUAACAAAAUAUAGCGCCAUCAUGCUGGACGAAGCUCAUGAGAGGACCUUGUACACUGACAUUGCCAUUGGCUUGCUAAAAAAGAUUCAGAAAAAGCGUGGAGAUCUUCGAUUGAUUGUGGCUUCAGCUACUCUGGAUGCAGAAAAAUUUCGGGAUUUCUUUAAUCAAAAUGAAACCAGUGACCCAACCAGGGAUACAUGUGUGAUCCUUACAGUGGAAGGGCGAACAUUCCCAGUGGAUAUCUUUUAUCUGCAAAGUCCUGUUCCAGAUUACAUCAAAUCAACUGUGGAAACGGUGGUGAAAAUUCACCAGACGGAGGGUGAUGGAGACAUAUUAGCAUUUCUUACUGGCCAGGAAGAGGUAGAAACUGUUGUAUCUAUGCUGAUCGAGCAGGCUCGAGCACUAGCUCGCACUGGGAUGAAGAGACACCUCCGAGUGCUCCCCAUGUAUGCGGGACUGCCUUCCUUUGAGCAAAUGAAAGUGUUUGAAAGGGUGUCGCGCAGUGUCAGAAAGGUGAUCGUGGCCACCAAUGUGGCGGAAACCUCCGUCACAAUCAGCGGUGUCGUGUAUGUGAUCGACUGUGGCUUUGUGAAACUCCGAGCCUACAAUCCCAGGACAGCUAUUGAAUGCUUGGUGGUGGUGCCGGUGUCCCAGGCAUCAGCCAACCAGCGAGCAGGACGUGGGGGCCGCAGCCGCUCGGGAAAAUGUUACCGCCUUUAUACAGAGGAAGCCUUUGACAAGUUGCCUGAAUCUACUGUUCCUGAGAUGCAGCGUAGCAAUUUGGCACCUGUCAUCCUGCAGCUGAAAGCACUGGGAAUUGACAAUGUCCUCAGGUUCCACUUCAUGUCGCCCCCUCCAGCGCAGUCGAUGGUUCAAGCUUUGGAAUUACUCUAUGCUCUGGGAGGUCUGGACAAAGACUGUCGCCUAACCGAACCGCUUGGCAUGCGAAUAGCAGAGUUUCCUUUGAAUCCCAUGUUCGCUAAAAUGCUGCUUGAAUCAGGAAAUUUUGGCUGUUCUCAGGAAAUAUUAAGCAUUGCAGCCAUGAUGCAGAUCCAGAAUAUCUUUGUGGUCCCCUCAAACCAGAAGUCUCAGGCAAUUCGAGUGCACCGUAAAUUUGCCGUGGAGGAGGGCGACCACCUCACUAUGCUCAACGUGUACGAAGCAUUUAUCAAACACAAUAAGAACUCUCAGUGGUGUCAGGAACAUUUCCUGAAUUACAAGGGCCUUGUCAGAGCUGCGACUGUACGAGAACAAUUGAAAAAGCUUCUUGUCAAGUUUCAAGUACCCAAGAAGUCUAGCGAAGGCGAUCCAGAUCCAGUUCUGAGGUGCAUUGUUUCGGGAUUCUUUGCAAAUGCUGCGAGGUUUCAUUCUACGGGAGCUUAUAGGACUAUCCGUGAUGAUCAUGAGCUGCACAUCCACCCUGCGUCAGUCCUCUAUGCAGAGAAGCCGCCUCGCUGGGUUAUCUACAAUGAAGUUAUACAAACCUCCAAGUAUUAUAUGAGAGAUGUGACUGCCAUUGAGUCUGCCUGGCUGUUGGAGCUGGCUCCACACUUUUAUCAACAAGGAACGCACCUGUCCCUGAAAGCCAAAAGGGCCAAGGUCCAGGACCAGUGAGCAGAGCUCAGCUGUGGCUUCAGGGGCUGCUUGGUGUCCUCUCCGUGCUGCUGCCCCUCGCCCCAGGCAGGGUGAGCUGGCACCAGCUCCUGUGGAACCUGCAGCUGCUCUGAAGUGGGCCGCAGCCCGUUCGUUAGCCCCUUUCUUCCCACUGUCCUCAGCAUUUGCAUUCCUGGCUGGGAUCCCGGAGGACGCUGCAUGGGCAGGCAUCCCGCUGCGCUGCACCCGGGCAGAGCGGGCGUUGGCCGGGCUGCGUUCUUUGGCGCACUCAGCGCGCUCACUAGCCCCGCAUGCCACUUCCAGCAGGAGGAAAUCUGGCCACCGAAGGCUGAAGCACCAUGUGGGGUGGACAGAGGGUUUGCUGGGCUGACUGCGCUCUCCCUGCCGGGGCCACUGUGAGGUCCUCUGCUGAGCGUGAAUAAGCACGUGUCUACAAAGGAACGAGGCCUCGGAAACGCUGGGGAUCUCUGCCACCAUCACCGAGGGGCAUGUCUGGCAGGCACUGGGCUUCCCAGACAAGCAAGCAGCUUCUGUUUGUUCUCUGCUCUUGGCCGUGUUUAUCUCCAGCCGGGAGACUUGGAGGGGACUGGUGAUGGCCACAGGGGACUCUGCACUGUGUUAGUCAAGGAUUUCGAUUUCACAAGUGGGCUUAGCUUCCUCUCAGAGUACACCACCGUGUCCUGGUGCUACUGGCUGAGCACUAGUGAAGUUUAUCAGCCCACAGGGGCUCCCCUUUAGCAGGAAUUCACAACAGUUUAGACGCUCUAAACUUCUGUAGCUCAGGAACAUAACUACUGUAUCUUUGUUUUUUGUUUGCUUGGAUUCUUGCGAGAGCACACGGGGCGGCUCUUCCAGCAGGCACUGGUUAUAGCAUUGCCCCAGGGCUGCUUUGCUGUGAUGAUGUUUGCAUUUCAGCACACGACCGAUACAGAUUUCCCCCCUUACGAUUUCAAUGACAUUUAUUUUAAAAACACGUAGCUUGAAAAUUUAUUUUUGUACUGAUAUUAGUUUGGACAUGCCACUUUUGGCACCAAACACGUAUGUCAUUUUUAUUUCUGUUUUAUAAACAUGUAAAUAAUAGUGAUAACUUGUUAAUAAUAGUAAACCUUUAUACCUAAAGUAAAUGUGUUCCCUCCCA